UGCUCAGGAAACUUCUGCUGGAGAAAGUACUGGAGUCCAAACUGAAGGGGAGACAGAUUUUGUGCAAAGCUUUGCUCCUGCAGAGGACAUCUCGGGAAAAAAACACAUAUAUUUCAAAAUUGCUCAUUUUUUGCAGGGUGCACUGCGCAAAGCCUGUAAUUAAUGUUUUUGAAACAGAUAGCAACACUCUUGGAUAAAGACUCUUGGCUUUAGCUUUAAAAAUCGGAUUAUCUGACUGAGGCAUUGUGCUCAUUAGCCCAGUCUACUUUUUUACCCCCUCCUCUUCGCAUUUUGAGGUUUAUGCUAUAACUUGAAGAGAGCACCAACAAUGUUUCUGAGUUUUUGCCUCUUGGUGACAUUUAUCUUGGGACUGUCCGGGUGCUUGGGCUCAUACGUGCCGUGCGAGCCUUGUGACCAGAAGGCGCUGUCCAUGUGCCCUCCGGUCCCGGUCGGCUGCCAGCUGGUCAAGGAGCCGGGCUGCGGCUGCUGCCUAACAUGCGCCCUGUCUGAGGGACAGGCGUGCGGCGUUUACACCGGGACAUGCACCCAGGGCCUCCGCUGUCUGCCGAGGAGCGGGGAGGAGAAACCCCUGCACGCCCUUCUCCACGGCAGGGGAGUGUGCACCAACGAGAAAGGAUACAAACCUGUGCACCCGCCCAUAGAUCGCGAGUCUCGGGAACAUGAGGACACCAUAACCCCAGAGAUUACAGAGGAGCUGCAGCCAGCUAAAGUGCCACUCCUUCCCAAAGACAUUGUGAACAGUAAAAAAGUCCAUGCUCUGCGCAAGGAGCAGAAGAGGAAGCUCGGCAAGCAGCGCUCCAUGGGCUCCCCCAUGGACUACUCCCCUCUGCCCAUUGACAAGCAUGAGCCUGAAUUUGGCCCAUGCAGGAGAAAACUGGAUGGGAUCAUUCAGGGAAUGAAGGAUACUUCACGUGUAAUGGCUCUGUCUUUGUACCUCCCCAACUGUGACAGAAAAGGAUUCUUCAAGCGCAAGCAGUGCAAGCCAUCUCGCGGCCGCAAACGAGGCAUCUGCUGGUGUGUGGACAAGUACGGCGUCCAGCUCCCCGGCACAGACUACAGCGGAGGGGACAUUCAAUGUAAAGACCUGGAGAGCAGCAACAACAACGAGUGACAAGGGGUGGACCACCCUUGACUACCCCCUACCCCUUCACCCCUAACCACCACGUGACCCAGGGCCCAUGCCUCCUCUCUGAAUCACAUCUGUAUGCUCCGCCCUCCAUUCACUUCAAGAUUUUUUUGUUUUUUCAAAUUGAAAAAAAAGGAAGAGAAAAAAAAUUCAAACGAAAGAACAGGCUGAAAAAGAGACACCUGUGUUUUUAUUUUAUUUUUUCUUUUCUUUUCUGUUGUUGACCAAGCACUCAUCUCCGAACGAGGGGAUAAGUCCCAGAAGAUUCACUAGAUCCCUUGACUAUUGCUCAUGGGACCCCUUUGUACGAGGCGGGUCCCCUGGCUGCAGAUCCAUGAAAAUAUAUGCACACUAUGGAUAUAUUUUUAUAGAAGCUGGGGGUUUCAAUACAACACUUUGUAUGAUGUAAAAAUUAACACAAAAUCAUUGUGAAGAAACAAAAAGUAUCAGGCACAUUGAUUGAAAACAGAUCAGUUUUAGGCUGUGGAACAUGAUGCCACUGUGGAACUGACGAUUGGCAGAGUAAUUUGGUUUUUUUGUCUGUUUUCCAAAAGAAAAAAAAAGAAACAAUAGAUAGGGAUAUGCUGUAACAGUUGACUCUAUCUGGGUAUGUGGUUCUGUCAGAGCACUUAUGAAUAGGGGAACCUGCUUAGAUAUGUGUAACUUCACAAAAUGAUGCGUGCUUGAAUGCGUGUAUGUGUACAGUGCGUGCGUGUGGUAUGUAUCCGCCUGUGUAUGAUGGAGUGAGCCUAUUACAAAAAGAAUGUCCUUUUUUUCUUUCUCUUUUGUUUGAUUUUGUCACAACAAGUGUUGCUAACGCUUGAAGUGGUCUUGGGGCUGGCCUUCUCUAUAACCGAUGUAAAGUAUGUCUCGGGACACGGAGCGUUUGGAAACAAAAAGAGUACACAGAUCGUCACAGAUGAACCUAUGUAAGUGGCUCUUCGACAAUGUAGCUAGCCUGAUAUGCCAACUGUGCCUAUUUAAACAGACACUGCCAUGCACGGCGACACAGAGCUUAGAGAGCGCUGACUCCACCGGUGAAAUAAAGAUGAGUGUUUUUCAUCUCAAGUGAUGGGACUCAAGUUUCGAUCUUUAGAGCUGAGUGCGUAAUCAAACUUGCCAGUCGGGCCAGUUGCUUCUCUGAUUCAGUUGUGUGAAGUGUAGUUUUGUAUGGUUUUGUUUGUGCUGUUUUCUUUGCCUUCAGUGAAGUAAAGACCGCCCACUUUUGAGCCAUGUUCCUUUUAUCAAGUGGUUUCCCCUCAGUACUGCUACUACAGUGUAACCAUGGUGUAUUACAUUACUUUUAAAUAUAGUUAUUGAAUGUUGUUUUUCCUGUAGAAACAUAGUAUGACAAUGAUGUAAUUGUGCUUGGAGAAAAAAAUAAGAUUUUUAGCCUGUAAAGAAUUUGAAUAGGUCCUUGUAGCCUGUCAGGAGAAUGACCCCGAGUCAUUAUACUACAGGGCAGUCAAAGAAGCUAACCCUCUGGAACCCUUACAUGCCUCCAUGUUAUACAUCUAAGGGGGGCGUGAUCAAAACAAAAAAGGUUACAGGUUACAACAGGGUCAUUUAAAAGUUGUUCUCUCUCUGUGUGCAAGUCACAGUGCCUUCCUACAUGCAAAUACAUUUAAAUUGUGACGUGAAAGUGACACGGAUAUCAUACGGGGAAAUGUCCUUCUGUCAGACACCCCAUGCCACUGAUGCUUCACUGAAAAAAGAAACUAUUUGUUUGAACUUAAAAAAAGUGAAUUUCUGGGGCUGUCUUCAAAUUUUAAGUUACCUGAAUUUAACAAGUUGAAGUAAUUUUGUGAUGAUUUAACUUUCAAAAUUCAGUCAACUUAAAAACUUAAUGCAGCCCCUAAUACGAACUUUUUGUCUGAGCUUUCUUAAAUUUGAAGUUGCCCUAAAUUUGAGAAAACAAGUGAGGUAAUUGUAUUCUUGGUUCAAUUAGUCUUUUCAAAUUCAGUCAACUUGAAAAAUUUAAGGCAGCUGUGAUACUAACUUUUUUUUAGGUUAAUACAAAUACAUUCUUCUAUUAUAUUGAUACAACAGUCAAGAGGUCUAGGUUUAGUUUUGAGUGAGAGAAGAACAAUGAAUGUGGUAGGUCCUGUAAGCAAAUUUGCAAAUUUUUGAAUAGCAAAACACCCACCUUACUCUACCUAUGAUUAGCUUGUACUUGUUGCCCUCGUUGGUUGGAUUGGUUAGGUUUAGGCAAGAAUGUCAAGGUAAACAACAGAAGUGUUAACCAACUUAAAAUAGUUAUUUCAGUCAGUAACAUACAUUUUUCAAAUCAAAUCAAGUUUAUAAGUUUGAUCAACAAACUGCUUUGAAAUUGAGUUGAACAAACUUAAUUCAUUUAUGUGUUACCGAUUUAUGUGCUUAUUUUAAGUUGGUUAACAAUUCUAUUUUUUUCAGUGCAAUUAGAGGCAGAGUAAGGCAGGCUAUUCCUUUGCUAUCCUAGAAAAUGCAAAUUCGCAUCCUGUAAAUGGUUUCAGCAAUGCAUAGCAAACCCAAUUGUAAUCUCCGCCUGUACCUCGGGGGCAAUUCUGGACAAGAGUGAUGUAUGAGGCAACUGCUGUGUAUCUGCAGCCAGUCAAACCUCCAUCUUCUCUUUCUUUGACAACCAAUAAGCUAAGAUUCUUGCUUUUUUUCAUGUGAAUGCCAAUGUAUAUGAUUGCCAGAGAGGGGAAGCCAAAGGAUGCUUGGAGGUUACUCAAAAAAAAAAAAAAAAAGAUAUGUGCAUCCUAAAUGGCUUCCAGUUGUGAAUAUAUUAUCAAGGCUCCUCGCCCCACUUCCAACACCAAAUCCCCACUACCACUUUGGAAAAAAAAGCAGCUUGCACUUAUUUCAGUUACUCACUAUUGAUAUUGACACACAACAACAUCCUAAGAUGUGGUAUCAUGAAGUUGGUGGAACAAAAACUUUAAAAAAAAGAAAAAAAAAAACAGCCACAAAAGCUAAAUGUUGUGUUAUCUUGUGCUUACCUUUUAAAGGUGGUGCUUUGAGGUAAUAUUUGUCGACAGGGGCUGUGUAGCCCAUGCCUGGGACCUCCAAUACAGCAACAUCUUUUAGGGAAAAAAUAGAUUUAAAGUAACACGCAGCUAGAAAUGUUCUCAUGGCCAAUUGCACAGAGAUGAGAGUUGAGAAAGAAAGACAGAGGGGAAAGGAAAAGAGGAAGAGUAAGCGCCAUGGGCACUGGUCAUAAUCAGGGCCUAGCCACUUCCCCAAUAUGGGGGUCACCAAUUGCAUGACAUUAGUUACAGGUAGCAAGACAGUUACAAGGAGUCAUGGAAAUCUGGGGAAUGCAAUACUGGAACCAAGAGACGAGUAUAUUUUUUAAUAAAAAAAAAACAAGGAAAUAUGUGAUAUCUGGGAGCAUUCACUGUCUGGAUCAACUAAGAAUACUUCAGUGUUUCAGGUAUUUGUGUCUUUUGUUUGAAUCACGGUUGCGAGUACUGACUUCCUCAGGUUUCACAUCUCCUACUUGGUUUAAACUCAUUAUCACAUUUCAUACUUCAGUAGUACAGUAACGACAGUACAGCUUUUUUCUGAGUACAUAACAUUUUCUGGAUGUAAUGAGUCAGUACAAUUGGUUUUCAUAAUUUGGUGUUGACUGGCUUGUGAAAUAGACCCAUCGGUGGCAGGAGGACAGUGGGAAAUAAAAAUGGUCAGUAUUUGGAAAAUGCAUAAAACAAAUAAAAUAAAAAAAAGACAAAAAAAUCUCAAAUUAUUAAAGUGAAUAUCACUGUGUAAUAUUUAUUCAACUUGUAAUUUAUGUACUCUUUUAACCUUUGUCUUUUUUUGUUAU